UGGAUUUGAUUAUAUAUUUUUAGUCAUGCAUUAGAAACUGUUACUUUCGCAAUGGAACUCCCAACUGAGUAUUUCGAAUUGAAAAUGCCUUCGUUUAUCAUAAUUCUGUUGACCCUAAUUGCGAUUUUCGUUGCAUACUGCUAUUACUACUACUACUACAAAAUUAAUAAGCAAGCUCCUCCAGGGUCGUUCGGAUUUCCUGUAAUCGGAGAAUCUAUCAGCUUUGCGAAAGCUCAGAAACAAGAUAAGACUCAUGAAUGGAUACAGAAACGUGUUAAGAAGUACGGACCAGUAUUUAAGACAUCUCUCUUUGGUUCCAAUGUGGUGGUCGUGAUUGGCCAAGUGGGAAAUCGAUUCGUUUUCAGUGGAGGAGACAACGGAUUUUCUUCACAACAACCAAAGGCUAUUGUUAGAAUACUUGGAAGAUUCAGCCUGUUUGAGCUUUCGGGUUCUUUGCAUAAGCUUGUAAGAGGUGCGGUAGCGGGAUGCUUAAAACCUGAGAGCAUCCAGAGGUAUGUCACCCAAAUGGAUUCACUCAUCCAAGAUCAUCUACUCAAGGAACUUAAAGGGAAGGACUCAGUAGAGAUUGUGAAACUGAUGAAGAAGAUUUCAUUUUACGUGGCUUGCACCAUCUUUUUCGGAAUAACAGAUGAAACAGAGAGAGAGAUACUGCUACAAGAUUUUACGACCAUGUUGACCGGAAUCUGGGCUAUCCCGUUGAACAUUCCGGGAACUGUAAUACACAGAGCACUGAAAGCUAAAGCCAGAGUUCAUGCAAGGCUCUCCAAAGUUAUUGAAAUCAGGAAAAUGCAAAUGGAACAAGAGACAGACCAACAAGAAGAUAUUGUGAGGAGCCUUCUUAAUCUAAGAGACGAAAAUGGGAAGCCAUUAGAAGAGGAAUUGAUUAUUAAUGUAUUCUUAUCUUUGAUCUUAGCUAGUCAUGAUACUACAUCUAGUCUAAUGACCUUCCUCUUAAGGCAACUUUCAAAGGAUGAUCAACUACAUACCAAGGUGCUUGCAGAGCAAAUGGAAGUUGUGAAGGAUAAAUUAGGAGGCAGUAGCAAUGAAGCAUUGAAUUGGGGUGAAAUAAAAAAGAUGAAGUACACAUGGAGUGUUGCUCAAGAAAUUCUGAGAAUAAACCCUCCAAUUUUUGGUACCUUCCGACUAACAACUCGAGACAUUAGCUUCAAUGGAUUUCAUAUUCCCAAAGGAUGGCAGCUUUUGUGGGUGGCUUCAACUACGCAUAUGGACACCAACAUUUUUGAAGAUCCCUACAAGUUUGAUCCAUCAAGAUUCGACACCAAUUCUGCUUACCCUCCGCUCACAUACAUACCGUUCGGAGCAGGGCCGAGAAUGUGCCCCGGAGCAGAAUUUGCGAGGAUUGAGUCUAUACUAUUGGUCCAUCAUUUUAUUACGAAAUAUCAGUGGAAGGAGACGAUACCUAAUGAACCUAUUAGUCGUUGGCCAACGCCUUAUCCGGCCAUGGGGCUUCCGGUCAAAUUACAGCAUAGGAAUGCCGAAACAUAAUGUUAAUCUUACUUUGUAUUAUGAUUAUGAUUAAUUAAGUUGUUAUUGCUUCUCUUUAAUUAGUAAUGUACACAAUCUUUUAUGAUUU